UCUCCAUACAAGGCUGUGGAUUUAUUUGCGUCCGUCCCCAAUUGCAUUAUUCCUUCGAGUGCUUGACUCCAAAUCUCUCUUCAACGUAUUUCGCUGCUAAGGCUAGCCAAUAUGGGUUUCUACGACGCCUGUAAAGCUGUUGCUGUAUCCGUGACCGCUAUCUUCACCUUACCGUUCCAUCUUAUAAACGAUGGCUCAAACCAAGCCGUCCUUUCCCCUGGCGGCUUUCAUAUCAGAAAGGAGAACUUAACGUUCCCGGCACCCAAUGGCCCAGACUCGGGCCCAGAGUUCAUCUGUGAUUAUUCAAACCUCCAAGGCAACUGGACGUCAUGUUCGACCCCGGACAACCGUUCAUGCUGGAUCAGGAACAGUGAUACAGGACAAGAAUUCAACACAACUACAGACUAUGAGAAUUUCGCCCCUACAGGGAUCCUCCGAGAAUACUAUCUAGAAGUCGACGAGAUGGAGAUUAAUGGUGACGGUGUCCUAAACCCUGGAGGCAAGGUCUUCAAUCAGACUUACCCCGGACCCUGGAUCAAGGCUUGCUGGGGGGACACUAUCAAGAUCACCAUCAAGAACAAGCUCCAGUAUAACGGUACAACGAUCCACUGGCACGGUAUCAGGCAAAAUGGAACUAUGGAAAUGGACGGUGUCAAUGGUGUCACGCAGUGCCCUAUCGCCCCAGGCGAUAGCUUCACCUACGAAUUUAAGGCCGUUCAAUAUGGUACCUCGUGGUAUCAUUCACAUUACUCUCUGCAAUACGCAGACGGCCUAGCUGGGCCUAUCACUAUCUUCGGCCCAUCAUCGUCUAAUUUCGAUGAAGGAAGAGAUCCUAUACUAAUCACCGAUUGGAGCCAUCACAGUGCAUUCGAGGCCUGGCAGCGAGAACUCGUGCCUACUCCAUCCCUGCCAAAGAUGGAUAGUGUGCUAAUCAACGGAGUUGGAAAUUAUGCCGGUAGCUACCCGCAUGAGAGGUUCAACAUGACCGUGACAAAAGGCAAAAAAUAUAUCCUGCGUGUCAUCAAUACAUCCGUUGACACGACUUGGAUCUUCAGCAUUGAUAACCACAACUUCACAGUGAUGUCUUCGGACUUUGUUCCGGUUACCCCUUACAACGUGACACACCUUGUCAUAGGAAUUGGCCAAAGAUACCACAUCGUUCUGAAUGCAAUUCCUACCGACACUGAUUCGUUACCUGCAUCGGCUGAUGGGAACUACUGGAUUCGCACAGUCACAGCGGAUGACUGCCAAGGAUUCGAGACGGGGAAUGCGCCUGACGAAUUUAAAAUACUUUAA